AUCAAAAUAGUCGCACACAAUUUGGUGCUUUGCUUCCGGGUCAAGUUCUACCCGCCGGAUCCGAUGCGAUUUCAAGAAGCCACUCGCUACCUAUUGUACCUGCAGUUGAAACGGGACCUCCAGCACGGGCGACUCUACAGUCCCGGCCCGGGUCACGACUUGGCAUUUCUCGCUGCUCUCUGCCUUCAGGAGGAAUUGGGUGACUACGAUCCUGAACGCCAUCUCCCCGGCUACGUCUCUGAAAUGAAUUUGGUGCUAAACGCAAACCAGUCGGAGAAACUGGAAAAUCAGGUGAAAGAAUUCCAUUCGGGACGGGUCGGCGCACUGGUCGGCAUUUCCGCCUCGCAGGCCGUCAACGCCUUUCUCAAAAAAGCCGCAAGACUCGACACUUAUGGCGUCGAUCUUCACCCAGUCAGAGAUCCAAGAGGAGUUCGGCUCUACAUCGGGACGAAUCACAGCGGAGUGGCCACCUUCUACAACGGACGUCGGACUCGCCACUUUCGCUGGAUCGACAUCUCCAAGCUCAACUACGAAGGCAAAAUGUUAAUCAUCCAUCUCAUCAUCAUUGAGGAUGCCAGAACUAAGAAGAAACACACGGUGGGAUUCAAAUGCACCACUUCGUCGGCCUGUCGCCAUUUGUGGCGCUACUCGGUGGAACAGCGCAUCUUUUUCACGUUCACGUCGUCGGCGGAAAUUCCAGCUGUCGUCACGGGCGGCAGUUUCUUCUCGUGCGGAUCCAAAGUUCGUUAUUCCGGUCGGGUGGAACGCGAGCUGGCCCUGGAGGAGGUGGCCCUGCUGGCCGCAGCGGCCGCCGCCUCCAUCCAGCAACACCCAGACGGAGGAGGAGGAGGUGGCCUCUGAGCCAAUCCGCGGCGACGACGACGACUACGAUGACGACUGUGACGAGGAGGCGACGGACGACUUUUCCUUCGAUCGCCACCGUUCCGCCGAACGCAACACUCCCAAUGGAUCGAGGCGGAGUAGAAAUCACGACGACUCGUUGCCAAGGCAACGCCAUCACCCUCACGAUCAAGACGGAUUGUCUGCUACAACACGAAACCACUAAAUAAAUUUUUAGAAAUUCUUUUUUAAUUCAAUUUUAAAAACUAGUUGGACCGGAAGGACACGAUAGUUACGAGGCGUCGUCGUGCGGGAGCGGAGCCAGUCAGGAUGACCGCUCGGAUGUGGCCAGUUGGGUGGCGCUGGACCUGCGGGGAUUGCCCCGCCACAACCUGCAACACCAACAACAGCUGCACCACCCACAACAGCAGCAUCAACGGCUACGACACGCUGAUGAACGACUCGGAUUUCUACGGCUACGCCGGCAGCACGACGGGCAGCACGGCCGCCGAUCCGUCCAACAACAGCUGGUCCCUCCAUCCCUCCGACACUCAGGAUCCUCAUCACUGGAAACGCAGACGCAAAGCUGAAAUCAAAAUUCGGCUUCAACUUGAAUGUUAUGGAUGUUAAGGGAAAAAACGGAGAGUUGAUCGUCGCCAGAUGGCGUUGAAAAUAUAUCCACCAGGUGGCCUUCUUGAAUUCAAUGCUGUCAUUUGAUUUCCGAGACGUUGAAUUUGCAACGACAGUUAGAGACUUGUGUAUAUAAUGACGUUCGUUUUCUGCAAAGGACGAAUGUGCUCUGUGUUAAGGUGAAAUCCUGCCUACUGUUUCGAGAACAUCAAGUUGAGCCAUCAUUACGUGGUCACAUACCCAUUGGGAUCUAAGACGCUUACUACCAGAAUACUCCACUACCAUUAUUCCUUUCAGGUCUCUAUUCUUCACUAAGCUCUCCAGUUUUGGUUAUUAGAUUUACUCAGAUAAUUCAUCUUAACUUAUCGUUUUGAGAAAUUUAAGCACUCACUUUUCUAUUCAAUACUUAACAUUUUACUGAUUAUAUAUACAUGUCAAUGCAUUACAUUUCUUUCAUGUCUUAGGUUCUGUCAGCCAGGUCAAUUUGAAGCUGUUUUUGUCCAAUGCAGAAUAUUUCGACUUGCUGCAUGCCAACUGCAUAAAUUGGGAAGUGACCUUUCUUGCAUGGUUAUUGUUUUAGGAGAAAUUUAGUCACUUACUGUCCUCGAAUCAACAAUGAUAAUUUUACAGACAAUGCAAUAACAUUUAUUUUUUAUUUCAGGGUCUGUCAUCCAGGUUAAUUCACAGCUGUUUCUGUCCAACGUAGAACAUUUCGGCUGACCUUGCUGCUUUCUAACUGCAUUAAUUGGGAAGCUACCUUUCUUGCACAUUUACAAAAGUUUGUUGUUUUAUUGCUUCAUAUCUGAUUUGUUUCAUAGGUUUUGUUUAGGCACGACUGAUAUUGUCAAUGAUGCUGCCAGUCUAAUGCUGUUGCCUGCCUGUUUUAAGGAAUACUGGAUCAAAAUCGAAUUUUCGA